GGAUUGUUCCCGAGUAACACAUCUGUUCGAUGCAGGGACGGAAGUCGAGUUGAUUUUCCAACUGGACCGAUUGUGUGGGGCGAGCCUGGCACCAAUGGCCAGCACGCGUUUUAUCAGCUCAUACAUCAAGGUACUCGACUUAUUCCUUGUGAUUUCAUUGCACCAGCGAAAACACUGAAUCCGAUAAGAGGCGGCCUGCACCACGAUAUUUUGUUGUCGAAUUUCGUUGCGCAAACCGAAGCAUUGAUGAAAGGUAAAACAGCCGAAGAAGCGGAGAAGGAACUGAAAGCAUCCGGAAUGAGCGAUGAAAAAGUAGCGAAGAUUCUGCCUCACAAGGUGUUUGAAGGCAAUCGACCAACGAAUUCGAUCAUCCUGCCGAAAGUGACACCGUUCACACUUGGUGCUCUGAUUGCCCUCUAUGAGCAUAAAAUUUUCGUGCAAGGCGUUAUUUGGAACAUUAACAGCUACGACCAGUGGGGGUUAGUAUUUCUAUUUGCUAAGCUUGUGGAAUUGGGUAAGCAGUUGGCAAAAGUUAUCCAGAAGGAGCUGGAAAGCGAUAGCCCGUGUAGUUCGCAUGAUUCGAGCACGAACGGCAUCAUGAAUUUCAUCAAACAACAGAAAAAAAGCUAA